AUGUCGGGCAGCAGGAGCAUUAAAGCAGGCGUGGUCCCUCCUCGCCGAGUCAACGAGAUAAUGCCUGCGGGCACAGGCUCGCGUGCUGGGAGACCUGAGCGUAUGCUGUCUUCUCUUGUCUUGGUCACGCUGGUGCACACAGACCACACUGGCAUUGGCACGUUUGACAACCUCGUUGUCACGUGGGGCGUGCAGGACAACUAUGAGAUUGUCCGCAAGGUCGGCCGCGGAAAGUACUCUGAGGUGUUCGAGUCGGUCCACCUCCCCACCAACCAGAAGUGCAUUGUCAAGGUGCUCAAGCCUGUGAAGAAGAAGAAGAUUAAGCGCGAGAUCAAGAUUCUCCAGAACCUCGCCGGUGGCCCCAACGUCAUUGGCCUGCUGGACGUUGUGCGGGACAGCCAGUCCAAGACCCCGUCCAUCGUGUCCGAGUAUGUCAACAACACCGAGUUCAAGACUCUGUACCCUAAAUUCACCGACUUUGACGUCCGUUUCUACAUCUUCGAGCUGCUCAAGGCUCUCGACUUCUGCCACUCCAAGGGCAUCAUGCACCGCGACGUCAAGCCGCACAACGUCAUGAUUGACCACGAGAGGCGACAGCUCCGUCUCAUCGACUGGGGACUUGCCGAGUUCUACCACCCUGGCACCGAGUACAACGUCCGUGUCGCUUCGCGUUACUUCAAGGGCCCCGAGCUCCUUGUCGACUUCCAGGAGUACGACUACUCGCUCGACAUGUGGUCGCUCGGCUGCAUGUUUGCCUCCAUGAUCUUCCGCAAGGAGCCCUUCUUCCACGGCCACGACAACGCCGACCAGCUUGUCAAGAUCACCAAGGUCCUGGGUACCGACGAGCUGUUCAACUACCUCGAGAGGUACGACAUUGACCUCGACUCGCAGUUUGACGACAUUCUUGGCCGCUACCCCCGCAAGCCCUGGUCCAAGUUUAUCACCUCGGAGAACCAGCGUUACAUCUCCAACGAGGCCAUUGACUUUUUGGACAAGCUCCUGCGCUACGACCACCAGGAGCGCUUGACAGCGAUGGAGGCCCAGGGCCACCCAUUCUUCACCCCUGUGAAAGAGGCGGCCAAGAAGGCUGGAUCGGCAUGA